AUGACCGUGGAAGAGAACAUUGCAUGGUCCGAAUUACUGAAAGACACCAUCGUCACGUCUCAACAUGGUAAUGAUGGCGACCGAAUCGUAGCAGCAACCAAGACUUUGCAGCAAGCAGCCCACGAAUUCGUCAAGGUGCUGAAUGAACGUGCCACGCUUUUAGCCAACAGUGCUCAAUUUGAUACAGCGUUACGUGAUGCAGCAGCCAUAAGAGCCAUAUUACCGGGAUCAGGAAUUGGAUACUUGUGUAUGGGAGACGUGCACUGUCAACAAGGUCAUCAUGCAGCAGCGAUUGCCAUAUAUGACAAAGGCCUUCAAGCAGUACCCGAAUCCGAUCUAUAUUAUCAGCAGCUUCAGCAACAUCGAGUGACAGCAAUAGCCAACAACAGCAAACGUGUCGAUUUCAUCAGCCGGCUACCAUUGGAUAUCGUCAUCACCAAUAUUGUACCAAGGAUGGAGCCAGCAUACAUAAGAUCUAAUGAGCAAUACGAGCCUCUUUAUGUAUCACGUGGGUGGCGGAAGCGUAUCUUACAGUGUCCUCACGGCUUGACUUUUGAUGUUGGCCAAGAGAGUGAGACAUUUGUGAGAGGUCAUGAUCAACUUAUCCGCUUCGCACCCUAUGUACAGACGUUAUCAGGAUGUAUCUAUGAGGAUGUACGAAUGGAUGAUCUCUUUAAUCGAGCACGGUUUUCCAAUCUAAAACACCUAGAUUUAAGCGGUGAUGAUACAAGCCCUCGUGUUCCUUUAAUCAAUGGUCUUCGGUUGAUUGCUGAUACGCUGACGCACUUGGAAAUUCAACUCUACCCUGAUAUUCAGUUACGUGACGUUCUGGAAACAUGUCCAAACCUUGUAUCGCUGGAUGCAAAGGAUGUCGAUUUUGUUAUGCCUUCAUCGCCUUCGUUACGUUAUCCCAAGAUCACGCACCUAGCAAUCCACGAGAUGUCUGAAAGAGCUCGCAGCUAUGUUAACAUGAUUGAUCUCCUCAGCCGGUUUCCUUCUUUGUUGUCAUUCGUGAUUACGCCAAUGCCCGGCUCCGGUCUCUUGACGGUUCUACACAAGUAUUUCCCAUAUCUUCAGGUCCUUUAUUUUGGAGAGAGGGUCUAUGGCGAAGACAAUAUUGAUGUUCGUCCCAAUGGAAGAAAAGGAAUCGUAUCGGCUUAUUUGGGAGGAUUCGAGGCCAACAUCAACACCUACAGGCAUGAUGACCUAGUUCAAUUCUUGCAUUUGAAUCGAAACACUUUGGAGGAGCUUGAGUUUGAAGGCGACAUUGAUGAUGGCAACUCUUUUUGGAAAUUGGAGAAUGGAAAAGUGAUACAACAGAGGGAUAAUCAACAUUCACCUUUACGUUCUGGAGACGAUGACCCAACCCAAACUGGCACCUCAUUCAUGAAGCUUGGCAGGAUUGAUUUUUCGGGCGCUGAACCAGAUGUAUGCGGUAGUCUUAUCACAUGGUUGAUAUCGAACGCUCCCAAUCUCAAAGCUACCAGCCUCAAUCAAUCCUAUAUUCAGUCCAACGUUGCAAACUCCAUGAUUCAGUUGAAGCAUCUUUCCAAGUUGGAGAUCCAUCGGACCCCGACAGUGGAUGAUUUUGAAGGCAUCAUUCAGUUUUUUCAGCAUCACAUUGAGAUGGGGGAUCAAUCAGCACUUGAAGAAAUCGUCACUUACAAGAUAUCACCUGGGAUAGCGUGGAUGCCGUUGAUUCCUAGACUGAAACGUCUUAAGAAGCUCAAAUUUCUCGUCAACGCCAUUCAUGACAAUUGUAUCCCCCUCAUGGAUGAGAUGGCUCAAGGUUGUCCUGCUCUCGAAAAGUUAAUUCUUGGUUUACCUGAAGCUGAGUUACCUGAUGAUGUUUUGAAGCCUUGGCGUAGACACCAGAAUCUCAAAUGCCUUAAGUUUGGAGCCGAAUCCUUAACAGCCAACGAUGCUAUUACUUUGUGUACAUUCAGCAACUUAAAAACGCUCCAACUUGAAUGCGAUGCUUCAGAUGAUUUGCUAGAGGUGCUGCGAAACCAUAUACCAAAAAUCGAGCUUUACCCUGGACCAUAA